UUGUGUACAAGGUUAGAAUCCGCGGGAGUUUGGAAAUGAAUUUUUUGGAAUUAGUUGAAGAUAAAGGCACUAGUAUAUUUAAUUUAAUCCUGUUUUGAAACCAUAUUUCGAUACCCUUCGUCGUGUUGGGAGCCGUUUGAGAUAAUUUGGAAGCCAAGGAUGUGGCAGCAAGAAACGCUGAAGUGGAUGAUCUGGAUUCUGAAUGUGUUGCAGUGUUCCUGGCUGGCACAAACAAUGUGGCUAGGAAUGAAACAAGAAGACCUCAGCUUUCCUUUAACGAAACAUUACAUUGUUUAAGAAACACUAAUGUCCUAUUUUUCUCAGUGCCUCACCGCCAUGAUCUACCCAUGUGGUCCUGCGUCAAUUUAGAAGUAAGAAAAGCAAAUGAAAUUGUGUUUAAUAUUUGUAAGAAAUAUACAAAUGUAUUAUUUGUGGACAUCAGUAGAUUAGGAAGGAGAUUUCAUAUAUUACAUGGACUUCACCUGAACAGUCUUGGUAAAAAAUAUGUAAGUGAAAGAACUCUUGAAUUUUCCAAAAAAGUAGUAUUAGACUUUGAUACUAAAUUAAGUGAGAGUAGUUCUACAUCAAUCCAAUAUAGUAAAAUGAAAGUAGCUUUAAAGAACCAGGGAAACGUGAGUCACUGAUCAAGCCUAGUCCAGACCAGGCUUGGUCACUUCCUGUUGACCAGGGCCUAACCCAUAUUAAAGAACAGCAAAUAAAUAGUUCAGCAGGCAGUAUCUCCAAAUCUAAUAACAUUAUACCUAACUAUACCGCUAAGAUUAUGUUUCUUAACAUACAUGGCUUAUUAGAUAAAACAGAUGCAUAGCGUGUUCUGAGCGAGGAAAAGCAUAUAGAAGUCCUUGGUUUAGCUGAACAUUGGAUGAACCCUGAUGACAUUCACUUGACAGGCAUUCCAGAUUUUAAAGUAGCCUCUUACUUUUGUCGUAAAGAUAAGAAACGAGGUGGCUCUGCCAUUUUAAUUAAGAACCACCUUGUUUUUGAACCACUACCUAGUGUAACAAAUUUAUCUGUGGAGGAAACUUUUGAAAUAUCUGCCUGUUACAUAGUGACUUAUGGAACAGCCUUUAUCUGUAUUUACAGAAACCCAGUAUUGGAAAAUAAGAGAGAAUUUUUUGAAAGGUUGGACAUCUUAUUAAACACAUUGUUUUUAAUGAAAGUUAAUGUAAUUCUAAUGCCUGAUUUUAAUAUUAAUUUCAACUCCAGUAUUUCUGACAACUUGGAAAUAAAUAGCUUAGUUAAAAGCUAUGUGAUGAAUAUCAUGGUGAAGAAUGUAAUCACCAGACCUGGACCGAGCGAGGUGGCGCAGUGGUUAGACACUGGACUCGCAUUCGGGAGGAUGACGGUUGAAUCCCGCAUCCGGCCAUCCUGAUUUAGGUUUUCUAUGAUUUCCGUAAAUAACUCCAGGCAAAUCCCGGGAUGGUUCCUCUGAAAGGGCAUGGCUGACUUCCUUCCCCAUCCUUUCCUAAUUCGAUGAGACCGAUGACCACGCUGUCUGGUCUCCUUCCCCAAACAACCAAUCCAAACCAGCCCUGGUAGUGUAAACAUGGGUACUUGUAUAGACAAUAUUGUUACAACUUUUCAUUCUUGAAAAUACGAUACAAAUGUGAUUGACACUCUUCUUUCUGAUCAUCAUGGAAUUAUUAUUCAUGUAAACAUGGAUGCAAUGAUUUUUAAUGUCACCAAGCCUUCUGUGAUUUAUAAGACACAACAUACAAUUAGUGACUGUAAUAUAUCUGUUUUUCUAAAAUGUCUCAGAGAAAUUAAUUGGUUGUGUGUGUAUGGUAAAACUGGAGCAGAAAACCAGUUCAACAACUUUCUUGAAUUAUUCAUGUGGGCAGUUAACAUUGGCCUACCACUAAAGAACAAAUGUGUUAAAAUGAGCAGGGUAUCGACUAUCAAUAAAAAUAAGUGGUACACACAGGAACUACGAAAACUUAAAGAUCAAUACAACAAUUUCUACUGCCUAGCAAAGAAUUCAUCUUGUCUGCAUGCCAAAGUAAGAUAUAAAGAAUGCAAAUAUCAGUACAGAAUGGGUGUUAAGAAAGCUAAAUUAGAAUAUAAUUGCAAAUUGGUUGCACAAGCUAUUAAUAAACCAAAAGAAAUGUGGAAAAUCAUUAAUGAGAAUCUAUCAUUCGGUAGCAAAGAAUUUGUAUCUAGAUCCAAAAUUAGUGCUGAUAGUUUUAAUAAUUAUUUUGUAAACAGUGUAGAUAGUGUAGUUACUAAGAUACCUGGUAGUAAACAUGAACCUAGCUACUAUUUGGAUGUUGACUAUAAAAACCAAAAUGUUAUGGAAAAUGUGUUUUAUUUUGAACACAUUUGUGUAGAAGAUGUACACUCUGUCAUUCUUUCUCUUAGCAAAAGUGAUUUACUGGAUAUUUACAAUAUCAGUUCUAAAAUAUUGAAACUUAGUAGUCAUAAUAUAGCAGAGGUUCUCUGUCACAUCAUAAACUACUGCUUUAAUGAAAGAUGUUUCCCUGAAAAAUUAAAAGUAGUUAAAGUAAUCCCAGUCCACAAAAAAGGUGACAAUAAUUUGCCUAGCAAUUAUAGGCCAGUUUCUCUUGUACUACUUUUAUCCAAGGUCAUUGAGAAACUAAUGAGUAUUCAAAUAAUCAAUUUUCUAGAUUCUCACCAAUUACUUUCAAAUAGCCAGUUUGGAUUUAGGAAAAAUCUAUCAACAUGUGAUGCUGUUAUGAGCUACAUAUGUAACUGUCUUGAAGCAAAAGAAGAAAAAUUUAUUGUAAGUACAAAGUUUUUUGAUUUAUCAGAAGCGUUUGACACUGUGCCACAACACUCUGCUGCUGAAAUUAAAAACUGUAGGUUUCUCAGUCUCUGCGGUUAAAAUUAUUCAGUCAUACUUAUCUAAUAGAUCUCAAACUGUUUACUUCAAUAACCAAUAUUCUAGUUUCUUACCCGUUAACCAUGGUGUUCCUCAAGGGUCAAUCUUGGGCCCUCUCAUGUUCAUAUUAUAUAUUAAUGACCUACCUAGCAGUGUAAUAGAUGAUAGUACAAACUGUUACUUGUAUGCAGAUGAUAUCAGUUUAAGUGUUACAGUGCCUACAAAUAAUAACAUAAGUAACUCUACUUCACUCACGGUAGAUAUACUUUCUGACUGGUGCAAUGCCAACAGCCUGUCGAUAAACAUAAAUAAAACACAGGAAUUAAACAUUUCUUAUAUCAAUAGAAUCACCUUAGAGACAGCUCCUGUAAAGUUUCUUGGCAUUGUUUUGCAAAAAUAAUUUAGGCUGGCAGGCACAUGUGAAUUACUUAACACCAAAAAUUUCUAAAGAAAUAUUUAUGCUCAGAAAAUUACAAGCAACAAUAGACGAGAAAAUUUUGCUUUCUGUCUAUUAUAGUUAUAUUCACUCUCAUUUGACAUAUGGGAUAAUCUUGUGGGGAAAUAAUUGCUACUCAAAAUGCUCAUUUACAGCCCAGAAAAAAGCUGUCAGACUGAUAUGUAAAGUACCACCUAGAACUCACUGUAGAGAAUUAUUUAUUAAACUUAGUAUUAUGACCUUGCCAUGUAUAUACAUAUUUCAAUGUCUCUUGUACAUUAAAAAGAACUUGUCUAGUUUUGAUCUGAAUUCUAAUGUACAUAGUUAUAACACAUGACACUGUAAUGAUGUAAGAAAAGACUACUGCUCAUAUACCAAAACUCUAAACAGUUUCAAACACACAUCUGUAAAGCUAUGUAAUAAACUACCAGAGUCAGUUAAGAGUCUGGAGCUGAAAAAAUUUAAGAUAUUUGUAAGAACUUUAUUAAUUCAAAAUUGUUUUUAUACAAUGGAAGAUUUCUGUGAGCAUAAUUUCUAACAUAGAU